GAGCAGCGCACAUUUAAGCGACUGCUGCACCUUAAAGGGUCUGGCGCGAGUCCGAAGACCUAAAAUUACGGAUUUCUCCCCGCCCCGAGCGAUGGCCGCCGAAGCCAAAUACAGCAUCGUGCGCGAAGUCGGCCGGGGGAGUUACGGGGUGGUUUACGAGGCGGUGGCCAGCCAAACGAGAAGCAAAGUGGCGGUGAAAAGGAUGCACUGCAACGUGCCCGAAAACGUGGAGCUGGCUCUGCAGGAGUUCUGGGCCCUGCAAAACGUCCAGAAGCGGCACGAGAACGUGAUCCAGCUGGAGGAGUGCGUCUUGCAGAGCGGGCAGGUCUUCCAGCCCAUCAGCCGCCACUACCGCAAGUCGGACCACCACCUGCUGCUCAUCGAGACCUGCCUGAAGGGGCGGCGGUGCAUGGACCCGCGGGCGGCGUGCUUCCUCUGGUUCGUGAUGGAGUUCUGCGACGGCGGGAACAUGAACGAGUACCUGCUGUCGCGCGGCCCCGACGCGCAGCUCAACAACAGCUUCAUGCAGCAGCUGAGCGGCGCCGUGGCCUUCCUGCACAGGAACCAGAUCGUGCACCGAGACUUGAAGUCCGACAACAUCCUCAUCUCCCACAGCCCCGGCGGCCCCGUGGUGAAGGUAGCAGACUUUGGCCUGAGUAAGGUGUGCCAGGGAAAAGUGAAUGUGAACCAGCAUCGCUUCUCCUCAGCCUGCGGGUCAAACUUCUACAUGGCACCAGAGGUGUGGGAAGGUCACUAUACUGCCAAGGCUGAUAUCUUUGCCCUCGGGAUCAUUUUCUGGGCUAUGGUGGAGAGGAUCACCUUCAGGGAUGGGGACACUCAGAAGGAAUUGCUUGGAACCUACAUCUGCCAAGGCAAGGAGCUUAUUCCAGUUGGAGAAGCACUGCUGGAGAAUCCCAGUAUGAAACUGCAAAUCCCUCUGAAGAACAAGAAGUCUAUACCUGAUGACCUCUGCAGACUCCUUCACGAUAUGUUGGCCUUUAACCCAAAGGAAAGAUUGGAUGCCUUCCAACUUGAAGUCCGAAUCAGGCGAAUCUCCUAUGGGAAAAAGCGCCAACGCUCUGGCUCUUAGCAACAACGGAUAAUCAGGUCCUGUGUUUGCUGGUCAGGAUGCCUGCCUGCUAGCUGGUGCGUAGACAUUCUCGCUGAAUGAUCAGCUGGACCCCAAGGGACACUAGCUAGAACACAUCUUGACUACUUCCCAUUUCCCCAGAGGCUGUAUGUAAAGGAGUAAUAACUUUAUUUAUUUGUAUAGUAAUUUUAACAAGAGACCUCAAAAUCUAUUGUUCUGUAAAACCUUUGUUUUUAUAUUUGUAUCCUUUCGGUAGCAUAGGUGCAAACUUGGCUGACAUGGUCUAAAGCAGGGGUGUCAAAGCCAUGUGGCCCCAUGGGCCAGAUCUGGACUGUGGGGCUUCUCAUGGGCUGGGUGACCAUCAGGCAGUUGCGACAGCAACAACACUAAUCCCUGUGGCUGCUGGAGCUGCUGUAUUAGCACACCUCCAGAACCAAGAAUGCCACUUGCUCCCCUUCUUUCUUGCUACUGAUUUGCAAACAGUGACUAAAUCCCUCGAAUCUGGUGGUGGGUAAAUGGGGGUGGGGCACAAGCAGUAGCAGCGUUAAUUGUCUGGGUUCCAGAGUCAUGCUGGUGCUGCUGCAGAGUCCGGCAGCUGCAGCAGAAAACCAUAUGGGCUGAGUCUGGCCCAUGGAGGCAAGUGGUCCAGUCCACAAAAAACUCUGCAGGUCAGAUGACCCCCGCUCCACAGGCUCCAUCUGCUCUGUGGGCAGUUUGACACGGUCUAGCGGGCAUAAGGACCGAGAGAGUCUGAGCACUGGUGCUCUAUAGGGGAAUUUCCAGGUGUGUCUUUUCCUGGCCAGUCCUCUUCCACCGUUUCUCUGCAGCUGUGAAUACACUUACAGAAAAACCUAGGAAGCAAGGCCUGCUCUGCCCCUUCAGUUGUUGACUGGCAAGGAUGUUCAUGAUCAGUGUGGCCAGCAUUUCCAACCCUGUUGGGCUUUAUCUGGACCUUGGCCCAGAGACUGGAAAUUGCCAUUACAGUGGUUUAAUUAGAACUUUCUGUAUCACUCGUUUACUCCAUGCCAUGCUGCUUGGUGGCGGCUGACUGCUCUGGCCGAGGGUAAAGUCUUACACCGGUUGGACAGAGCACUAGCAUGGCAGCUUGUGAGUACUCUCCCUUAGAUUAACUGAAGUGCUUGCUGAAAAUAAAUACAAAGACUGGCUAAGGAGUCAAAUCAUUAUUAAAAUGCAUGCGUCACUAACACUUAAACUAAGGAAUGAAGCUCCCUGCUAUGCUAGCUGUUUGUGCCAGCUGUUCUUGCAGGGAGAACCAAACAGACUGAGCUGGAACCUUGGCAGGUAAACAGGAAACUCUCAUUUUCAACUUGGCUGAAAAUAUUCGAAUGCUUCACUGUGCAUGAAGAGGGAUUGAGCUCUUUAAAAUGUCGUUUUAAAAACGUCUUUUGUAGUUCCAGGAUAAGGCCAGGUUUCCCCUGCCCUUCUCUUCCCACCCAUAGGAAACUGUUAUGGGUGUGCACAUGGAGAGAAAAUGGGUCACUGGUGUAACAGCCCUACAACAGCACUGUUUGAAGGGAGCCCAGCAUACAGCAUUCGUGGUGCAGACUGACUCGCGAUAGAUCUCUGGGCCAUUCUCCUGUUCUGGAUGUACCAGAUGUCAUUAGCAAAUUGACUUCCAUUCCCUACCCUCUCAUUGGGGCAGAGCUGUGAUUGCAGUGCACGUCUGAAAACUCCUUAGAAUUUCCCCUGGAAUUGAAUCCAUGCUACUGGCUAGUUUGAGCAGGGUCCUAGUGGCCUUCAUUGGGUAAGAUGGAACACCCUCUUCUUAAUGAGGUCUCCUAAGAUGCAGUGCUUCAUGUAUAUGCACACACAGCAUUUUUUAAAUUGAAAAUACCUGAACUGUAGCUCUAAUCAUCAAAUGGCAAAAAGACCAUCCAGUACCGAUGACUAUGGCCAUGGGCAGAACUGCUGGUGGAGGGCACCCAAAGAAGACUAAACUAUGUAGCUUUCUCUCCGUGCAGCCCUGAGCAGGGAGGCUAGUUAUGGCAAGGAAAGGAGCUGGUUCUCCACUGCCCAUUCCCUUUCUGACACCUGGUCUGAUUGAUACGCUUGGAGGCAGGCUCAAGACGAUGAGAAGAGGAGUCUGAACCUCAUUCCUAUCCGCUCCUCCACAUGACCCUGUCAUGGAGAAGGUUUUAAUUUUGGUGCUUUAUUGAGGGUUCCCCUUUGGGUUGCUCUUCUCAUAUGCUUAAGCCUCGCUUUAUUUUGCCAGUGGUGUAGCUGAGGGUUAUUAAUUAUGAUUUCUCAAGUUAGCCGGAUCAUACCUCAUGACCUUUCGAAGGCAGUUGGCGCCAACUGAGUUCUCUAGCCAGCUUUAGGCUGCAAAAUUGUUCUCCCUGCUUUGAGGGAAUUAUGACUUUUUUACAAUUUGCACGUAAAAAACUAUUGUAGUUGAGGAAGGGGCGGACUUUGGAACAUGGAGCGUAAGUCUAGGCUGUGCAGCAAAACCACCAGAGGGACUGUAGACAUUUGAGUGGUGUGAUAUCAGCUAUUCACUGUAGCUCUUGUUUGGUCCUAGUGCCAUGAAUAUCCCCCAGAGCCUCCACGCUAAUCAGACCUGUUUGUAUGUAUGCAUUUGUCACAUGUGUGUUAUGAAUUUAAUAAAGAAUUGUUGCUGCCUUUUCC